GUCAGCUACAGCUCCGCCGGCGGCGCCGCUACUGGCGGCACCGCCGCCGUCGCCGCCGCUGCCGGCGGUGGUGGCGAUGACUUGUACUCCUUUGAAGCCACAGAGGGCAUCGCGGGGUUUACAGCACACGCGGACGAUAACACGAUACGGCAGUCCGUUUCGCAAUUCGAUUUUCAGUCGCAGCUACAGCUCCCGCAGCAGCAGGAACGGACCCGUGGGUCGUUUCUGCUACAGCCCAACACGCUCGUGUCUUCCUCUGUAGCGUCGUCCGCCGCAACCUCGGCUGUAGUCGUCACCAUUGGCACCAAUGUGCCGUCAGCUGGAGUGAAUUCCGGGCUACAGUCGCAACAGCCGCCGCCGCCGCCGCCGUCGCGGGCCAGCCUGGCGGCGGCGCUGGCGCACACAGGCGACGGCUCGCUCAGCGCCGCAUCCUGGCUACAGCCACCACCGCCGGUGACGCCGCCGCCACCGUCGCGAAACAGCGUCCCGCAGCAGCAGCGGCCGGAGCAGCAGAAGAUGUUGACUCAACAGCUAUCCGAGUCGUACGGAUCUGAAUCUACCGUAUCCACGUUGCAAAACAUGUACGGCGGAUCUACAGGGCUGAGGCCGCAGCUGCAAGCCGGGACGUGGGGUCAGGAAAGGUCGAUGCCGACGCCGACGCAGCAGCAGAGGCAGGCGGAGGUGUUGGCGGCGACGGCCAAAGCGGCGGCUGAGAGGCACCAAGGUCCGACGUCAGCGGAGGUGGCGGCGGCGUUCGCGGCGUACCUGUCGGGAGGUACUGGCGGCGGUGGCGGAGGCGGUGGCGGCGGCGGCGGCGGCGGAGAGCGGCUACCGGCUCCCUUCAGCACGUGGUCGGGUGCGGCCGUCUCCACCCUCUCCGCCUGCUCACAAACCUCGCCGCCAGCGCCGCCGACAACUCCCGUACAGCUAUCACCGCCGACAGACGCUGCGGCGGAAGGCGUUACAGCGAGCGGCGAUGUACGGGACGGAUGCGGCGUCAAUCGGGUGCCGCAGAGGCCCUCAGACAUCGCGGAGCCGCCGCUGCCGCCGCCGCCGCCGCCGCCAUCGGGCCUGGCGCCGGUUGAAGCUCCACCCCGGGGGCUUGUCGAAGGCCCUGCGCACCCAGCAAACGUAAGCGGCGUUGGCGGCGACAGUAUCACAUCGCGACGAACGACAGACGGUGUCACAGCCCUGGAUGCUGAUGCCGUACCGCAGAUUCCCAGCACAGGCAGCGG